UAUUUAAUAUUUUUCAGAUCACCUAUUCGUUUUCUAUUUUUUCCAAAAAUGGUUGAUGCUAACAAUGAGCCAAAUUUUAAAAUUUCUGCUGUAAUUGGAUUCACUAUACCAACUUCUAGUCUUCAAAGACAAACUCCAAAAGCUGGUCAUUUGGAAUUUGAUGCGGAUAAGAAUUCUCUUAUCAUUUCAUUCAAACAUAUACUCAAAACUGUUAGUAUUUAUACCAAUGAACUGCAUUGUACCGCUAACUAA